AGAAGCAGGUGAAGAAAAGCAUGCGGGUAGAUGGCUCUUUAAAACAGACCUAAGAUGCAUUUCGCCUCAGAAAGAGCAGGCAAGGGCUGGUAAUUGGAAGGACAGCAGACAUAGAAGUCUGUCUGAGGAGGAUCGGCUCCAGAAGUCAGAAUGAGGUCACCUGACAAAGGAAUUUUCAUGAUGCCUUUGGGGAAAUAGGCAGGAUGUGUAGCAAGGCAGAGCUCCCCACCUGAAGUCUGCAUUGAGCAAGGCGUUUCCUCCUCUAGCACUUGUAUUUAAUGCUGUCAGUAGCAAGGCUAAUAAAAAAGCAGGACGUGUGCCCUGCCUGCAGAAAGGUGCUGCUGUUGCAGCCUCCUCCUGUCCCGGGGAUGCUGUGCUGCUGCUGCUCUGGCAGGGCUGCUGUAAAGGACCCCACAGCUGUAGAAAGAGCAAAUUUAUUAAACAUGGCCAAACUGAGUAUCAAAGGACUCAUUGAAUCAGCCUUGAGCUUUGGGCGCACGCUGGACUCUGACUACCCACCUUUGCAGCAGUUCUUUGUUGUCAUGGAGCACUGCCUGAAGCACGGCCUGAAAGUAAGAAAAUCCUUUCUGAGUUACAAUAAAACCAUCUGGGGUCCUCUGGAACUUGUGGAGAAAUUAUAUCCAGAAGCUGAGGAAAUAGCAGCAAGUGUCAGAGAUUUGCCUGGCCUUAAGACUCCGCUGGGCCGCGCCCGGGCCUGGCUGCGCUUGGCGCUGAUGCAGAAGAAAAUGGCCGAUUAUCUUCGCUGUCUAAUCAUUCAGAGAGACCUCCUCAGUGAGUUUUAUGAGUAUCAUGCCCUGAUGAUGGAGGAGGAGGGAGCAGUGAUUGUUGGGCUCUUAGUUGGGCUGAACGUGAUCGAUGCCAACCUGUGUGUGAAGGGAGAAGACCUGGAUUCACAAGUUGGGGUGAUCGAUUUCUCUGUGUAUUUGAAGAGUGAUGAUGACAUUGGGGGCAAAGAAAGAAAUGUACAGAUUGCUGCAAUAUUGGACCAAAAGAAUUAUGUUGAGGAACUAAACAGGCAACUGAAUAGCACAGUUAGCAGUCUCCAUGCAAGAGUUGACUCACUGGAGAAAUCAAACACUAAACUGAUUGAAGAGUUAGCAAUAGCAAAAAACAAUAUAAUUAAACUUCAAGAAGAAAACCAUCAAUUAAGGAGUGAAAAUACUCUGAUUUUAAUGAAAACACAGCAUCAUCUAGAGGCAGCCAAGGUGGACGUGGAGGCCGAGCUGCAGACGUACAAGCACUCGAGGCAGGGCCUGGAUGAGAUGUACAGCGAGGCGCGCCGGCAGCUGCGCGAGGAGGCUCAGCUGCGCCAGGAUAUGGAGAACGAGCUGGUGGUUCAAGUCAGCAUGAAACACGAGAUAGAGCUGGCCAUGAAGCUGCUGGAGAAGGACAUCCAUGAGAAGCAGGACACCCUCAUCGGCCUGCGGCAGCAGCUUGAUGAAGUUAAAGCCAUUAACGUGGAAAUGUACCAAAAGCUGCAGGUUUCUGAAGAUGCCAUGAAAGAGAAGAAUGAAAUAAUCAGUCGAUUAGAGGAUAAGACCAAUCAGAUUAAUGCAACUAUGAAACAACUAGAGCAAAGAUUGCAGCAAGCAGAGAAGGCUCAAAUGGAGGCUGAGGCUGAGGAUGAGAAACUUAAACAGGAGUAUGUGAAUAAAUCUGAAAGCCUGCAGAACGAAUUCUCCCAGAAGGAGAAACAGCUACUUCAGCUGGAAACGGACCUGAAGAUAGAAAAGGAGUGGAGGCAAACCCUGGAGGAUGAUCUUCAGAAGGAAAAGGAAACUGUGUCUCAUCUGAGAGCAGAGACCCAAGAAAUAGUUACCCUUAAGAAAGAGUUCCUUAAACUUCAGGAGAAGAACAAGCAGCUGAAGAGCACAUGUGAGGACCAAGAGGCUGCUCUCCAGGAACUGGCAUCCAAGCUGAGCGAAUCAAAGCUGAAAAUAGAAGAUAUAAAAGAAGCUAACAAGGCAUUGCAGGGCCAGGUUUGGUUGAAGGACAAAGAAGCCACUCACUGCAAGCUGUGUGAAAAGGAAUUUUCACUUUCCAAAAGGAAGCAUCACUGUAGGAACUGUGGGGAGAUCUUCUGCAAUGCCUGCUCUGACAAUGAGCUGCCCCUGCCCUCCUCCCCAAAGCCUGUGAGGGUCUGUGACUCCUGCCAUGCCAUCCUCAUACAGAGGUGCUCCUCCAACGUGCCAUAAGGGAUUUAUUUAUCCAUUCUGCUGCCCAGCUCAUCCUGUGCAAACCACCACACCACCUAGAGAGUGUAAACAGCAUUUCCAGACUGUGAGGUAAGCAGUGUGGAGUUGGAAUCUCAAGGUACUGUGGACGAGUGACUUCUCUGCUUCCUCUUGAAACAAAUGGAGACAAUGGGACCAAAUGUAGAAAAUGCACAUUUAAAAAGAAAAAGAGCCCAGAAGGGUCUGCCAAAUGCCUCAUCAGCUUUUUUGGGAGGAAGCAGGGCAGUUUAUACAGGAGACUCAGUGUUAAUGUGUGUUGGAUGAAUAUUUCAGUUGUUAAGAUGAUCUGGAGGAAGGUGAUACUCCUGCAGACUGAUGUGCCACAAGUCCAACCUCAUCCUGUGCCUGGGACAGGCUGUUGGGAAGCAGAACCCUGCAGUAGCUGCUUUUAAACUGUACUGGAGAAAUGCAUGGCCAUUAAUGCAGUGGUCUGAGAAGUUGUUGCCAAAUUCGUGUGUUCGUUUACUUCUCUGCAUUAGCAGGAGUUGGUAAUCCCAGAACAUCCCAGAAUAUCCCAGAAUAUUCCAGAACACCCCAGAACAUCCCAGGACUGGCAUUCUGGCACUGCAGGUGUUCUGUGCUGUCCCAGGUGAGGGGAGCUGUGCUCAGCCCGGGCACAAGCAGUGCUCAGGGCACUCCUGGAGGAAGGUGUGUUUUGCUGAAUGAAUGUGUGUGUGUUUUCAUGAAUUCACAUGAAUUAUGAAUUUGAUGUAUCUGUGUUCCACUGAAGGAGAGCUGUUCAGCACAGGCCUCUUGUCUGACAUUGUCUGUGACCUUGAACCAGUCUCUGCAGCGUUUUCAUGCCAGUCAUGCUCUCCAGCUUGGAGUCACUGCACAGCUCUAGAAACCACCUGGGAAU